CUUAAAGCACUAGAUUCCUUUCAGGGAAAUAACAAUCAACUCAUGAUUUUUCAUCAGAAGAACACUGACUGAAUCUCUUCUCCAUCUCCACGUUUGUGUCAAGAGAGAGUAAGAUACUGACAGCAGGAGCUGGCCCUCCCUCUCCCACCGCGGGAUGGAACCUUGCCUUCUUUUGAGCCUAAGUCAUGAGCUGGUUGUUCCUCAGAGACCUCCUGAGUGGAGUCAAUAAACACUCAACGGAGAUGGGGCGGGUUUGGCUUGCGGCUGUGUGCAUCCUCCGUGUGCUGGUCUACGUGGUGACAGCAGAGCAAGUGUGGAAAGAUGAGCAGAAGGACUUUGAGUGCAACGUCAGACAGCCCGGUUGUGAAAAUGUGUGCUUUGACUACUUCUUCCCCAUCUCUCAGGUCAGACUCUGGGCCUUACAGCUGAUCGUGGUCUCCACACCUUCCCUUCUGGUGGUUCUGCACGCAGCCUCCUGCGAGGGUAGAGAGAAAAGGCCCAGAGAGAGACUCUCCGUCGGCCCGGGUAGGAGGGGCAGGAGCCUGUGGUACGCUUACCUGGUCAGCCUCCUGGUUAAAACUGGUUUUGAAAUCGGCUUCCUGGUUUUAUUUUACAAGCUGUACGAUGGGUUCAGUGUUCCCUACCUCGUGAAGUGUGACUUGAAGCCUUGCCCCAGCACUGUGGAGUGCUUCAUCUCUAAACCCACCGAGAAAACCAUCUUCACCCUCUUCUUGGUGGCCAGCUCAGGCCUGUGCGUUGUGUUGAAUACCACUGAACUGAGCUUUUUGGUUCUCAAGUGGCUGAUUAAGUACUGGCUUCAAAAAUACCCUAAAAGACUCAGGUCCUCAGCGUGGGAGCGCCGCAAGCUCAGGUCCACCGACCGCGGUGAGCUCGGGGCCCCCGCCCUGCUGCAGGACCACCGUGAGGACUCCGCUGCGAGCCCGCCCUGGGGGAUGGAGCAGAGCUACCGCGUGACGCACGAGGGUUAGGCGAGGAAAACCUGCGUCCCUCCUUAGGUAAGACAAAGCGUGUGCGCCUUAAUUGUCAUUUGAAAGGAAUCUUAAAAAUUUCCAUAUGCACUCGGUUAUGUA